GCGGACGCAGGAAAAGAAAAUCCAUUCAAGAGAGACUCUUCUUCAUUGCCUCAUCCUAUGGAGGAAUCACCACUGCCCAUCUACAUUGAGGAGGGGACAGAAGUCCCGAUUGAAAGCAGAAAUAUGGCAACAAAGGAAAAGCUUCAGUGCUUGAAAGAUUUCCACAAGGACAUCCUCAAACCUUCCCCCGGCAAGAGCCCGGGGACACGGCCUGAGGAUGAGGCAGAAGGAAAGCCACCCCAGCGGGAGAAGUGGGCGAGCAAGAUUGACUUUCUGCUGUCCGUGGCUGGUGGAUUUAUUGGUUUAGGCAAUGUCUGGCGGUUUCCGUAUCUCUGCUACAAAAAUGGCGGAGGUGCAUUUCUUAUACCUUAUUUCAUUUUCCUGUUUGGGGGAGGUCUUCCCGUGUUUUUCCUGGAGGUGGUGCUAGGACAGUAUACCUCUGAAGGUGGAAUUACAUGCUGGGAAAAGAUCUGCCCUAUUUUCACUGGAAUUGGUUAUGCUUCCAUAGUGAUUGUGUCCCUUCUGAACGUGUACUACAUCGUGAUCCUGGCCUGGGGACUCUACUACCUGUUCCAGUCGUUCCAGAGCGUCCUGCCAUGGGCGCACUGCCACCAGAAGUGGAACACGCCGACCUGCGUGGAAGACACUCUCAGGAAGAACAAAACGCUCUGGAUAUCACUGAAUGCCACUAACUUCACCUCUCCUGUCACGGAGUUUUGGGAGCGCAAUGUACUGAGCUUGUCCUCAGGAAUUGAAGAUAUUGGUAUUAUCAAGUGGGAUCUAGCACUGUGUCUUCUUCUCGUCUGGGUAAUAUGUUUCUUCUGCAUUUGGAAAGGAGUCAAAUCCACUGGGAAAGUAGUGUACAUCACUGCCACGUUCCCAUUCAUCAUGCUCCUUGUUCUGCUCAUCCGUGGUGUGACCCUGCCUGGAGCUGCAGAAGGCAUCAAGUUUUAUCUUUAUCCUGAUAUCUCACGGUUAGCUGACCCACAGGUCUGGAUAGAUGCAGGGACACAAAUCUUCUUCUCGUAUGCAAUCUGCUUAGGAGCAAUGACUUCCCUGGGGAGCUACAACAAGUACAAAUACAACUGCUAUAGGGACUGUUUGCUGCUGGGAUGCCUGAACAGUGGUACCAGUUUUGUGUCUGGCUUCGCAAUUUUUUCCGUCCUGGGCUUCAUGGCACAAGAGCAAGGGGUGAACAUUGCUGAUGUGGCAGAGUCAGGUCCAGGCCUGGCCUUCAUUGCCUACCCAAAAGCUGUGUCCAUGAUGCCGCUGCCCACCUUUUGGGCAAUCCUUUUUUUUAUUAUGCUUCUGUUGCUUGGACUGGAUAGCCAGUUUGUUGAAGUUGAAGGACAGAUCACGUCAUUAGUUGAUCUGCACCCAUCCUUCCUAAGGAAGGGUUACCGACGGGAAAUCUUCAUCGCUAUAGUAUGUUUCCUUAGCUAUCUUCUGGGACUAACUAUGGUGACUGAGGGUGGCAUGUAUGUUUUUCAACUCUUUGACUACUAUGCAGCUAGUGGUGUAUGCCUUUUGUGGGUUGCAUUCUUUGAAUGUAUUGCUGUAGCCUGGGUUUAUGGCGCUGAUAAUAUUUAUGAUGCCAUUGAGGAUAUGAUUGGAUACAGACCUGGUCCCUGGAUGAAAUGGAGCUGGAUUGUGAUCACACCAGUUCUUUGCGUGGGGUGCUUUAUCUUUUCUUUGGCCAAGUACAAACCACUGACCUACAACAAGGUCUACACAUACCCAGACUGGGCAAUUGGCCUGGGCUGGGUUCUUGCCCUUUCCUCCAUGAUCUGCAUCCCUAUGGUGAUGGUCAUCCGCAUCAUACAGUCAGAUGGGUCGCUUAUUGAGAGGAUAAAAGCGGUGGCUGCCCCCAAGGAAGUUAACCGGUGGUCCAAAGAAACAGAGAGUGGCACUCCCUUCUGCCCCAAUGGAACUUCAAAUGGCGGAUUGAUCAAGCCAACUCAUAUCAUUGUGGAAACCAUGAUGUGAGCUCUCUCUGUGAGAGGAUAAACCUGCUUUAACUGCCGUUUACUAACCAUAGAUUCUCAUAGGACCAGGUUUACAGAGCUUUAUAUUUGCACUAGGAUUUAUUUUUAUUUCUCACAGAGAAAGUUAUUUUUUGUGUGUGUUUUUUUUUUAAUAUUUUGUAAGGUAAUCACAGCAGAUGUCUCUCUGUAGAGGGAGAGCUUUCAUAUCAGACUAGACAUAUUACAGGAAUUUACUAUUAUUGGGUUUUUUUAAAUAUAUAUAUCUUUAUCUCUAAAUAUUAUACACCUUACCACUUGAAUUGAUUGUCUUGCCAGCAAUACAUUCAAGUCUCAGAAAGCAAUUUUAGGUGCUGGUAUGGUUGGGAGCAGGGUAACCUACAGAACACACAAAAGGAGCUCUGUUGAGAGAUAUGAUUAAAAAAAAGAUGCUGUUUCAAGAGAAUUUUCAAAGGUGUAGUAUUUCCACCCUCUGGUUCAAUUGUGGUAAACGACAGGCUUCAGGGUCACAUUAGGGAAAGGGUACAGUUAUGUUUAGCACAGUCCCUGAAUAAAGAUAUAGCCGGGCAGCUGGAGCAGAGAGUUUGCAAGGGAGGCAGAGAAGUUGGGUGUGAAAAGCCUUGCGGCCGUCGCUCCCAAGCACAGCGUUGGGACCCUGUCACACAGACGAGAGGAGGACUUUAGGAAGGCAUUUGCAGGAUUUGGCAUGGU